GGCGUGGCCGUGGUGGUCAUCGACUCCCCGAAGACCGUCAACGCCAUCACCCAGGUCAUGCUCCUAUCGCUCGCGAAAGCCUUUCGAGAUCUCAGAGUCGAUCGUUCGGUCCGAGCAGCGGUGCUCACCGCCACGGGCCGUCGCGCGUUCAGCACCGGCAUCGACCUCGGCGACGCCGAGCGGGUGUUCAAGAUGGACGAGAGUCGUCUGGACGACGACAUCGUGCACCAGAUGGAGCUCUGCCCUUUUCCCAUCAUCGGCGCCGUCAACGGCGUCGCCAUCAACGCCGGGUUCGAGUUGGCGCUCGCGUGCGACGUGCUCCUCGCGUCGCCCCGCGCGUCGUUCAGGGACACGCACGCCGCGUUCGGCAUCCUCCCGAGCUGGGGGUUGAGCCAGAAGCUGCCGAGGAUCGUCGGCGCGAACGUCGCGAGGAUGACGAGUCUCACCGCCGCGCCCCUGACGGCGACGGAUGCGCGCCGAUGCGGCCUCGUCAACGCCAUCGUGCACGAAGCGCACGACGCGCACGACAUGCGAGACGUC